AUGCAACUGGGUGCUGCACUGCAUCGUGAACCGCGGGCGCCAUCCUACAUCAGGACGCCCGAAAUUGCCCAUUGGGCCGGCGAGACCAGCCUUUGGCAUUUGCAGGCCUUUCUAUGGGCCCUCCACAUCAUGAUCCAUCAUAGCUCCAUCGUCGACAGCCUCACUCGUCGGGAACUCGCGCCCGGGGUCCCCUGUUCCAGCGGUCCGUCACACGUUAGUCGUUACGAGGUGUGCGAGGCUGCCCUCACUAUUCAGUCUCGGUCUCAGGCUCUCUUCGCUCCCUUGCCUGCCUAUGCUCGCCGAACACCUCAUGCAUCAUCCAAGUCAUCCACUCGCCAGUCAAGAGUCGAGACCUCUCGCACUCGACAUCAACCUGGCCUUUUGCCCGCACCGCUACACCGAAUCGACACUCUCCUCUGUGGCCUCAGGCGACAGUGCUUCAACAUCCCUCGCCCUGACAGCGAAUCAGGCCCCCGAUGGACCCUCCCCGUUCCGCCCGUGUGUCGCUCCGAGCCACACAGACGUGCAGUCUCGCUGCAAGACGCAUGCACGACGCACAUCCAACGCAGCGUUGCGGCGCUCGUGGGCGCCCCCCCCCCUUCCCUUUAA